CUUUUCUAUCUGAUCAUUUAUGGAAAUCUUCAUCCUCGAAGUUAAGAACAUAGUUUCCACAAUAACAUGGCAGCCAAAUUACCACCCGUUCCUCCUACACUUCGGUCGGUUCAGCACUAUCUAAAAACGGCAACUGAACACGAUGGUCGUGAUGCGGCUGUUAGCUAUUAUUGUCGACUAUAUGCAGUUCAAAAAUCUCUUCAAAUUGAUAAAAAAUCACCUGACGCCGUAAAAUUCAUCACAACACUUAUGGAUCAUCUUGAACAGGCCAAAAAGCAAAAUGCAGACAAUGAAGCAAUACACACUGAAACCAUUGGUCAUGCACACAUUGAGCAGUAUGCCCUAAAAUUAUUUUUAUACGCGGAUAAUGAAGAUCGAUCUUCGAGAUUUGGAAAAAAUGUUGUAAAAUCUUUUUACACGGCCGGUAUGCUAUUUGAUGUUCUCGAAACUUUUGGAGAGCUAAAUGACGAUAUUGAAAAAAAUAGGAAAUAUGCUAAAUGGAAAGCCACAUAUAUACAUAAAUGCAUUAAAGAGGGACUUCAACCACAACCUGGUCCACUAGAUGAGGAAGAGCAGGAAUUACAUGGAGCGCCAUCAGCACCAACAUCGUCGUAUAUUCCUCCAGACGAUAGAUCAUCUCAAUCGGCCACAGCUGCUGCUCCAACUCCCACUCCUCGAACAGCUAAUAGCGUUGCCCCAACACAACCGGUGGAGUAUACCCAAUGGGUACCACCAUCUUCUGGAUCACUAAAGCCUAGUGAUUUCGAGAAAGCCACUAAACAAUGUAAGCACGCUAUUAGUGCUAUGCAGUAUGAGGAUAGUGCCACUGCCGUUGAAUGUCUUAAUAAGGCUUUGAGAUUGUUAACUACAGGAAAAGAGUAAUUAAGAAAUUGACAAAAAAGACGGAAAGAUGGUCCUAGCUAUAAUAUUGUCUUAAUUUCCAUACACAUUCAAAUCAAACUAUACUUUUGAUCUGUAAAUUUAGUGUAAUUGGUUAAAUUUUACCAGAAAAAUACACCAUAAGUUUAAUUCAUUUUUAUGAUAAUCUCUCUUUAAUUGAUUCUUAUUUUCAAGAUUAUUUAAAAAUAUAUAGGUAC